AGCGGUCUCCACCAGAAAAAAAGAACAAAGAAAUCAUCCGAUUCCCACCUCCCAUCCACAAAUCCUCACCUCCUCGCUCCCCUCCUCCCCCUCUCUCCAAAAUCUCGCGUCUCCUCCCCGCCUUCGUCGGCACGAUGUGAGAGGCCGCGGAGGCAAAGGCGAAGGCGAGAAGAAGAAGAGGGAAAGGCUUCCAAGAAGCCCCGAGGAACGGGUUCGAUCAUGUCUUCUUGCGUGGAAUUGGGCUACCGGAGCUCCGCCAUGCUCGGCUGUCGAAGCUCCCGGCUCCUUCUCGUCCCCGCCGUCCUCCGUGGCUCCGUCCGGUUCCGGUGCGUCCUGGACCAGCUGCCGUCCUCGCUCGGCACCGCCAUCACCUCCGGCAACGCGAUCGUCGCCGCCGCCGCGGCAGCCGGCUCCGACACGGCGCACGCGGCGGUGACGUCGGCGCUCGCGCAUGUGGCGGUUACGGCCGUUGCGAUCGCGUCGGGGGCGUGCCUCUCCACCAAGGUUGAUUUUCUUUGGCCUCGGGUCGAGGAACAGCCAGAUAUUCUUUUAUUGGAAGGAGUAGAUGUAACAGGAUACCCAAUAUUCAAUGAUGAAAAGGUGCGGAAGGCUAUUGCAUUUGCAACCAAAGCUCAUGUUGGUCAAUCAAGGAAAACAGGAGAGCCAUAUGUCACGCACUGCAUCCAUACUGGAAAAAUCUUAGCUGCUUUGGUGCCAACAAGCGGACAACGAGCUGUGGACACAGUUGUAGCUGGAAUUCUUCAUGAUGUGAUAGAUGACACAUUCGAAAAUCUGACUAGCAUAGAAAAAGAGUUUGGUGAUGAUGUAGCACAUUUAGUUGCUGGUGUUUCAAAAUUAAGCUAUAUAAACCAGUUGUUGCGAAGACAUCGGCGGAAAACUGUAAGUAGAAGUACUCUUAGUUCCGAAGAGGCAAGUAAUUUACGAGUUAUGCUCUUGGGCAUGGUUGAUGAUCCUCGUGUGGUGCUCAUCAAGUUGGCAGAUCGUUUACAUAACAUGCGAACCAUUUAUGCUUUAUCGUUGCCCAAAGCUCAAGCUGUUGCUCAGGAGACAUUAGCUGUGUGGUGCUCUCUUGCUUCUAGAUUGGGUGUUUGGGCUUUAAAAGCUGAACUGGAAGAUUUGUGCUUUGCCGUCCUUCAGCCAGAGACAUUCAGGAAACUGCGAUCCGAGCUUGCUUCAAUGUGGGAUCCUAGCAACAAUGUUAAAAGUUUGAGAAGAUUAUCUACUAGAGCUAGUUUUCUCGUACCAUUAGAUGAUAGUGAUACAAUCUCCAACCAUGACUGGCCUCUUUCAGCUGAUGAACAAAGAGAAAAUAUGAGGGACCUUUUGCAGGCUGUAUUGCCAUUUGAUAUGUUGCUGGAUCGAAAAAAGCGCACUAGCUUUCUUAAUAAACUCAGGAAAUGCUCAGAAGCCCCAGAAACAAAGCCAAAGGUUGUAGGUGAUGCUGCAAUUGCAUUAGCAUCUCUAGCAGUGUGUGAGGAGGCACUUGAAAGGGAGUUACUAAUAUCCACCUCCUAUAUACCAGGGAUGGAAGUAACUCUAUCCAGUCGACUAAAAAGCUUGUAUAGUAUCUAUUGCAAGAUGAAACGGAAAGAUGUUGGCAUCAGGCAAGUCUAUGAUGCUCGCGCAUUAAGGGUGAUUGUUGGGGAUAAGAAUGGAACACUACAUGGACCUGCUGUUAAGUGCUGCUACAGUCUUCUUGACAUUGUACAUAGGCUUUGGACCCCAAUUGAUGGAGAAUUUGAUGAUUACAUUGUCAAUCCUAAGCCUAGUGGUUAUCAGUCUCUCCAUACUGCAGUGCAUGGUCCUGACAGCUCACCUUUAGAGGUGCAAAUAAGAACGCAGCGGAUGCAUGAGCAUGCAGAAUUUGGACUAGCUGCACAUUGGUUAUACAAGGAGAAUAAGUUUGAACAGACGAGCACCAUAGAUUCUAAGAUUGGUGCAUCUUCUUACCAAUCAAAAUCUUUGGAAGAUGGGGAAUACAUUCAAGAUGAGGAUCCCUGGAAGUACAAUUCAAUAAAAGUGGGACAUCCCGUCCUUAGAAUAGAGGGUAGUCAACUACUUGCUGCGGUUAUUGUCAGGGUCGAUAAAGGUGGAAGAGAGCUGCUUGUUGCUGUGAGUUUUGGUAUGGAAGCUUCUGAAACAGUAUCUGAAAGAAGAUUGUUUUUCCAGAAAGAACGUUGGGAAGCUUAUGCUAGGCUUUAUAAAAAGGUUUCUGAUCAAUGGUGGUUCGCUCCUGGACAUGGCGAUUGGUCUACAUGCCUCGAGAAGUACACACUAUGCCGAGAUGGGAUAUUUCAUAAGCAAGACCAAUUUCAGCGCCUGUUGCCUACCUUCAUCCAAGUAAUAGAUUUGACUGAGCAGGAGGAAGCUGAGUAUUGGAUGGUUGUGUCUGCUGUGUUUGAGGGAAAACAGAUCCUUUCUGUUCCAUCCAGUUCAAGUUACUCUGAGAAGUCAGGCCUUGAAGAUGGCAUCAAUAACAAGGUGCAUCUACUGAGGACGAUGCUUCAGUGGGAGGAGCAGAUGCGGCAUGGUUCAUCCAUGGGAGAAAGAAAGCAUGUGGCAAGCACAUACAGUGGAUCCAAUCCUAUAACUCCUGGUGAAGUUGUGAUCAUACGAUGGCCUCAUGGUGAGAUAAUGAGGAUGAGAUCUGGUAGCACUGCUGCUGAUGCUGCGAGGAGGAUAGGCCUGGAGGGGAAGCUAGUACUGGUAAAUGGCCAACUUGUUUUGCCGCAUACGAAGCUCAAGGAUGGUGAUAUAGUCGAAGUAAGGGGAUAACCAUUACCAUCGUGGAAACUUCUCACAAAGCUCACAUUUUGUCAAAUUACAGAGACUUGCUUUAUCAUCUGUUGGAUGGUAAAUCUAGUGCUGUUAGAGGAUAGUAGAGCCAAACCUCUUGUACAGAUCGAUUCUCAAAAAGGAUCUCUGAUCCUAUCGUGAUGUACAUGUACUUGUACAGCAAUAAAGAUAGUUCAAGUCCUUGAAUGCAACUUUGCCAUCA